GUCCAUUGACUAGCUGUAUUUUGUCAGCUGUAAGCAUGGUGGUGUGAGUGUGUGAGUCAUUUUGUGUGUUUGGUUUGCUUAUUUUCAGACUUCUGUGACCACCUUUGGAACCAAUUGAAAAAAGAUGAUUGAGCUGGGCCUCCCUGACGGCAGCCUGAUCGACGAGCUGAUGGAGCUGACGGCACAGAGCCUCAGUCAGCUUGAGAUCCAGGAACAUUUCAACAUCAUCAAGGAGAUUGGCCGAGGGAAAUACGGCAAAGUGCUGCUUGUGACGCAUCGCUUCCGGGGGACUCCCAUGGCCUUGAAAGUGAUGCCCAAAGCCUCGACUAAGCUGCAGGGCUUUCUGCGAGAGUACUGCAUCUCCUUACACCUGUCCUGCCACCCCUGCAUUGUGGGUCUCUUUGGCAUUGCCUUCCAGUCUGAUGAGCACUACUGCUUUGCCCAGGAGCUUGUGAUCGGCAGGGACCUGUUUGCUGUCAUCCAGCCAAAGGUGGGUAUCCCCGAAUCUUCAGUAAAACGUUGUGUCCUCCAGAUCGCCAGUGCACUGGAGUUUAUCCACAGCCAUGGUCUGGUCCAUCGUGAUGUCAAGCCUGAAAACAUCCUCCUGUUGGACAAUCACUGCUGCCAAGUGAAGCUGGCAGACUUUGGCCUGGCCCAGAAGAGAGGCACUCUGAUACGCUUCAUAACAGGAACCCUGCCUUACAUGGCCCCGGAGCUUUGUACCGUGGCCCUGAUGGAGGGUCAGAAAGAAGUGACCGCUCCUCCGCUUAGUGUGGAACCCAGCCUGGACACCUGGGCCUUCGGGGUGGUUAUCUUCUGCAUCCUUACGGGCUACUUUCCCUGGGAGCGCUGCAUGGAGUCAGACGACUUCUACCAGGAGUUUGCAGAUUGGUGCAGAAUGGAGGAGAAACCCAACACAGAGGAGGACAUUCCUCCUCUGUGGAGAAGGUUCACUCCAGAGGCCAUGGAGAUGUUCAGUAAGCUCCUGGAUCUGGAUGUAGAAAAGAGGUGUACAGUGGGAGAGGUGAGAGCGUAUGUGGACAAGGACUGGCUUAAGAAGGUACACGGGACCGGGCAGCAGCAGACAGCAGAAAAAGAAAAAGUCAGCGCCUUUAGGAAUAAUCCUGGGCAUGGCAAGGUGGUGCAGCCUAAUACUUAGUAACAGACUGCAUUUGUAUAAUCUAUAGCUUCUAUAUGCUCAGACAGCAUGUCAAAUAUACAGUCAUAGGUGCCUGGCAUCAGGCAUGUGAUUUGCAGUGAUGAAUGAUGAAGACCAUUUGACAGCAACAUAAAGUUCACAGAUGCUGCAGUUUCUGUGGUAGAAGAAAUACUCUGGUCCUUUAUUUAAAGGAGCAGUGGGAAGAAUUUAGUGCCAUUUAGUGGCAGCAUUGGGGUCAUCACUUUAAAAGGAAAAUGUAUUACUCAUUACUUUAAAAAAAUAAUGCUUUACUGUACUUAUAUACUCCCUGUGGAAAUCACUUACAUCACUUUUUUGUUACUCUGCAACAUCACCUGAGAUGCACUGUCAGGUAUGUGUGUGCGCUGCUGAUGUUACACGAUGUCAAUCAUGCAGCGCGCCGGGAAUUUGACCGGCGUUUUAAAUCGGCAUAUUUUAGACUGACCGGCCGGUCACAGGUCACAGCUGAUCACAUGAAAAUCGGCCCAAUUACGAGCACUGCUGAUUAAUCGGUGCAAGUCUGAUAAAAAGUAUAAAGGAGGUUGGCGUUUUCUAACAUUGCCUGGUACAAAUAUUAAUUAUUUCAAAAUAAUAUAUCAAUAAGCCUUAAUAAAACGAUAAAAGAGACUGCGCGUAAAGAGCCUAUAGUGGCAUUGACAUGAAAACAUGAAAGGCUAAAUGCUACUAUGGAAACAUUUCAGUACAACAUGGCGGUCGACAUGAAAGAGCACCCACUCCCUAAUAAGAUACGAAGGGCUAAUUCUAAGCUAAUAAAACCAGAAUGAUUCUUAGUUUCAGGUGAUACACUAAUAAAUAUUGUAUUUCUUUUCUGCCAG